AUGCAGGAGCAGCUGCAGCGGGAUCAGUUGCUGCUGCAGGAAUUGAAGCAGCAGCAGCAGCUGCUGGAGGAAAUGCAGAGGCGGCAGCUGCAGCAGGAAUUGCAGGAUACGAGUUUGCUGCAGGCGCUGCAGCACAUGCAGGGGUCACAGGAGCAGCUGCAGUCGGAGCAGCAGCAGCAGCAGCUGCUGCAACAGGAGCUGCAGGAACAACUCUCGCAGCCACAGAUGCAGAUGCAGGUGCAGCAGCAGCAGGUGCAGCAGCAGCAGGUGCAGCAGCAGCAGGUGCAGGAGCAGCAUGUGCAGGAGCAGCAGGCGCAGCAGCAGCAGCAGAGGGAUUCCCCCCGCGGCAGCUGA